AUGACCGGCCCGCCUGUUAAGCGCGUAGCCGUCAUCGGCGCUGGUCCCUCGGGGGCAAUCGCAAUUGACGCCCUGGCGCAGGAGAAGGCAUUCGACCUCAUUCGGGUGUUUGAACGGCGCGAAGCCGCUGGAGGAUGCUGGAUCGGCGACUCAGACCCCCCUCCGGCCAUCUCAGACUUCAAAGACCUCGCCGACAGAACUGCCGACUCACCGCUGGCGAUUCCUGAGAAGCUCCCGGCCUUCACGCCCAAAUCCGAACAGCCGCGCUUCACCGAAUCGUCGGUGUAUCCGUACCUCGAGACCAAUGUCGGAGAUCUGCCCAUGCAAUUCAGCCAAGAGGCGAUUGCGGCCGAACGGAGCGAUCGGUCAAUAGCCGCGCAUGGACCGGACACGCCAUUCCGACACUGGCGUGUCAUGAGGCGGUACAUCGAAGGAUUGGUGAGCAGGAGAGGCUACAGCGACUUUGUCUCCUACAGCACAACCGUGGAGAACGUGGAGAAGGUCGGUGCCGAGUGGAAGGUGACGCUGCGCAAGGACGGCGAGGAGAGCGACUACUGGUGGGUGGAAUGGUUCGAUGCCGUCGUCGUCGCGAGCGGACACUAUUCAGUGCCAUAUAUCCCAACCAUCGAGGGCAUCGGUGAGUUCGAGAAGCUGCGGCCAGGGAGUGUGAUUCACAGCAAGCACUUCCGGGGGAGAGAUCUCUACAAGGGCAAGCGGGUGGUCGUGGUCGGCGCGUCGGUUUCUGCAGCAGACAUCGCAUUUGAUCUGGCCAGAGUCGCGCAGGGUCCUGGAUUCGUCCAUGCCAUUACCAUCGGCCAUGCUGCCAACGCGUAUUUCGGGGACGGUGCAUUCCAUCACCCGAACAUCCAGAAUCAUCCUUCGAUCAAGAGCGUGUCCAGCAUCGGCCGCACCGUCCACCUGGAGAACGGGGAGACCAUCCCCAACGUCGACCACAUCAUAUUCGGCACGGGCUACAGCUGGACACUGCCCUUCCUCCCUUCAGUCCCCGUCCGCAACAACCGCGUCCCUGAUCUCUAUCAGCACAUUGUCUGGCAGCACGACCCCACGCUGCUGUUCGUCGGCGCCGUGGGGGCGGGACUGACCUUCAAGAUCUUCGAGUGGCAGGCGGUUUAUGCUGCGAGGCUGCUGGCCGGUCGCGCUCAAUUGCCGCCUCUCGACGUGAUGCGUAAGUGGGAGUCGGACCGGAUCAAGGCGCGAGGAGACGGGGGCAAGUUCCUGCUCGUCUUCCCCAACUUCGAGGAGUACUUCGAGACGAUCCGCGCAUUGGCAGGAGAACCGAAAAACGGGGUUGGGAGAAAGCUGCCAAAGUUUAGGCGUGAAUGGUUCCGAGCCUUUAUGGAUGGCCACGAGCUAAGGAAAGACAUGUGGCGCCGGCUGAAUGCGGAAGCCCGUGAGAUUGUAGAGGCUAUUGCCGACGUCUUCUUUUACGCCGGCUGUGCCACUCCAGCAGCUGUCAUCGUGCACAGCCUCCAGACGACCAGACGCACGCAGGACUGGCUCAUCUACGUCGCUGUCAUUGCUAUAUUCGGAGGCUAUGGUUCAAAUGGAAUCAUUGGCCGGUUCAGCAAAAUCGAGGAGCGAAUCCAGGAGAGUCGACCUCGAGCGCUUCUUCAAUUGCUCCUCCUUGUUGGCGUCUUCUUCAAUUGCGUCUUCGUCCUGAACGGCACGGCUCGUAUAUCCGGCUGGCUCCCUGCGCCUGAGAAUGAGGACAUCCUCAAAACAACCUUGAUCUCACUCUUCGGAGUUGUUGGUACGACCAUCGCCGCUGUGUUAGGGACUAAUGCAUUGGCCUUUAGAAUUUACAAGAGGAGCAUGAGAACAGCCCCGGCUAAGAAUGAGUAA